AUGGGCUCUGAUCUCAUCUUUCUCACACUGAUAAUACUUUCAUGGGCGUCAUUUUUUUCAACCAAAGUCGAAGGGAUUGCAUCGGCUCGCCUCCUCGAUCUUCUCAUUAGGGACUACACAGUUAAGUCCUUUAACUGGCAUUGGAAAACAGGUACUUUAUAUGCUUUACAUUUACCUGCAAAUUUAUCUGGGAUCGAAGUCGAUACCGUGAGGUUUCGAUGUGGGAGUCUCCGACGAUAUGGAGCGAAAGUAAAGGAAUUUCAUUUGGGAAUUGGUGUGAUUGUUCACCCAUGUGCUGAGAGAGUCAUUGUGGUGAGACAAAACUUAGGUCUCAAUUGGUCAUCUAUAUAUUAUGCAAACUAUGAUCUAUCAGGUUACCAGCUUGUGUCACCUGUGUUGGGGCUUUUAGCUUAUAAUGCAGGCAGUGAUGUGAGUCUCGGUAGCCCUUUUCAACUCGGGGUUCUUGCAAGGGAAAAUCCAAUUAAAAUCAAUUUUGGCGAAAAUAAAAUGGCUUCCAACGUAACAGGAUUGUCAACAAGGCCAUUGUGUGCUAGUUUUGAAGGAGAUGGAAAAGUUACAUUGAAAAACCAAGCGUCACCCAAUGUUUGUGUUGUGACAAGGGAUGGACAUUUCGGUUUGGUCGUCGAGUCACCGCCGUUGAUGCCGGUGAGGAAAAAGAUUAGUAGAUGGAAACUGGCAGUCGGAAGCUCGGUCGGAGUUGCUUUGGGAGCUUUCCUCUUGGGGUUGCUUUUGGUGGCGAUUGUUAUUAAGGUGAAGAAAAAAGCAAGACUGGAGGAACUCGAGAGGAGAGCUUAUGAAGAGGAAGCCCUUCAGGUUUCCAUGGUUGGACAUUUCAGAGCUCCGACAGCUUCUGCUACUCGAACAACGCCGACGAUCGAAUAUCAGUACAUAAAUUACCAUUCUUGAAAUCUUAGUUCUGUGAUCCUUUUAUUCAAUGUAUGAUCAUUCUUU